AUGGACUCAGCUCAAGUUCUUGACAUUAAUGAUCCUAAUGUCGAGGCCUUUGCUGACUUCGAUCCAGACGAAACAGAAUUUGUAUAUAACACUCCAGCUCAAUACGAAGAAAUCUUCAUGAAAAAUAAUAUAAACCACAAUGAAGUUUCAUUAUUUAACAUAUGGCAAACGAUUCAUAAGUUUUUUGACAAUAUAAUGCAUUCUCCGAAUAUAAUUCCAAUCGACAGAGAUACAUUUUCUCAAAAUAUGAAAAUAUACGAACUAUUAUGCGAUAAAUUAGAUCUGUUUGCAUCCGUCAAAGACAGUGUAUACACCACUCUACGAGAAUUAACACUCAAAUCCAUGGACUGCUUUGAUGAUUUCUAUUUCGAUAAAUUUUUAGCAGAAUUUGAGAAACACAGAACUAUCUUCAACAAACAAGUUCAAAUCGUAAACCACUAUCAUAGAGUGUCCAAACAUCCACCACAAGUUUUUACCGAAGAAUAUCCAAUUUUUCAGAAACAGAAACGCAUUAUGGCAGCUCUUAUGUCAUUUCUCAAAGACAAGAUGUUGCUGCGUUCAUGCAAUCGCAUUAUCAAGAAGAUACAAAAGCUCAGAGAGUUAUUUGUAUUAAUCAUCGAAACUUCUCCAACAGAUGCUGACAAACUAAAAGAAGCUGUCACGAAUGCGUUCGAUAAUAUCAUAACACUCGUACUUGAUCUCAAAGGUAUGCUACUUGGUCGGCAACUACUGCAUAUGUCAAUGCAAUUUAUUCCCCCCUCAAAAAUUGAGGCUCAGAAAAGAAGUUUUCUGAACAAGGAUGAAAUUUUGAGACAACAAAUUGAAAAUGAAAAAACAUAUAAACAAAUGAUAGAAUCAAGAGGAACAGAACGUAUCGCACAACAAAAUUCUGAGGAUCUCAAAGACUCCACAAAUCUAUUCAAUUUAAUAUUAUCCCUCGAUUCAAAUUCAGAGCUCAUUCAAAAUGCGAUUGAAAUGUUGAAGAAAGGAAUUGAGAAUAAAGACAUUGUCCAAGAUGUCUCUAAACAAUCUUUCAUAAGUGCUCAAGAAAAUUUACGCAAAUUCUUGAGAUCAAUUAGUCUAGUUUUGCCAAAAGUUGAAUUUCAUGAUGCAAAAUACAAUCUAGGACUCAUUUCUGCUGCUCAAAAUAAUGACAAAUCGGAAAUUAUUAACAAAUUAAUACAAUCCAUUGACCAAUUAAGCGGACGGAUAAUGAAAACAUCUCAGAUAUCUCAAGUUAUGAUCAAUCUCCGCGCAAUAAAGGAUUUCGAAGAAUGUAAGGAAAUAUAUGAAAAAUUUAACAACUAUUUUUUCCAUUUAUACCAUAUAAUAGAAGUAAUAGAGAUGACAAAUGACUCCCUCCGUUCGAAAAUCUCACCCGAAGACUUUUCUCCCUUAUAUCUGGAUUUUGAUAAUUUAAAUGUUGACAAUAUACCUCAGGAAUUCAUUACUAAGUUCAAUGAUUGUUGUAACUACCUGAAAAACAACUCUUUGGAUAUAUCUUUGACAGAUAAUUUUCAAUUUGAUAACUUAAUCAUCCCAAACAUUCAUCCAGUGCUAAAAGAGAUAUCAGAGAUGAUAAAUAAGUUGCCUCAUAAUACCGAUUUCGCGUUUGCUCAUAAAUUCAAUGAAAAUAUAUUUGAAAAAUCGGAAAAAUUUCAGAUUUAUUUUCAAACAGAGGUGGAAAUGAUGAAAAUCAUGAAUACAACUAAUGAUUAUCCAUGUUUAAAUGAGAUUAUAAGCAAAUUGGCCUUGUUUAGAUAUCUUGAUACGAUUUUCUUUAUGUUAGACAUAAUUAGAAAGGUUCCUUAUGAAAUAUCAGUACAGAAUACUUAUUUGAGAUUGAACUACAUCAUUAAUGACCAAUGUGACCACUUGAAAAAUAAUAUUUUGAUAAAACCAUUGAAUCCGAAGCAUCUUCAAGAGAUAUUUUACAAACAAGGGUUACUCAAACUAGUAUUCUUCAUGAAAAUGUACUGGCCGCAUUUCCUUGACCAUAAUAUUGAAAAUUCUAUCAAAAUUUUCAAAAUGUUUAUCAAAGCGUUACAAGAUAAACAAUUUGACGGCCUUAUGCCACUUUUUGAUUACAUUUCCAGUCAAAAUUCUACUGAAAUCCAGCCUGCGGAAGAUAUUUUACAAUUAUCCUUCAUUUUAUUGAAUAUUUCGACAUCCAUUAACUACAAGAAUGGCGUCAUCAACAGUUCGUUCACUAAUCUUUCAUCCCACGGCUUCAUUGAAUAUUUUUAUAAUUUUAAUGUCCAAAACUACGACUCGAUAUUCGAUCCCUUAUCAGAAUUAAUAGAUUCCCUUAAUUCUCCCCGUUUAACUCAUAAGUUGGCUUCACUCCGGUACGGAAGUUCAUCUACUCAAUCCCUUGUAGAAUUGGCCUUGUACGUUAUUUCGGAUCCGAAAUUGACCGUAAAUUUAAAAGAAUUUAAAGAGAAACUGCUUCCUUUAACGAGUUUUAUCACGAAUUUCGAAGGAAUCGACUUUGUAGCUAAUCUUGUAUGUUCGCAAUUGCAGACAACACUGAUGAAACCUUAUGCAGUAGCUUCUUUCAACGUUCCAAGGUUUUCUUUCAUGUUUUCGGAUUUAAUUUUGUAUUUGAACACUGUAGGAAUAAUUCCGACCUCCGAAUCGUACACGGCCAUCCAGUAUUCCCUUCUUUUGAAGAAUAUCCAUCCUCCAAAUUUGAUUCUUGGAAAUGACAUCAAAAAAAUGCUUCAGAACAUCAGAGAAACAUCAUCAUUCGUCUCCAAGUACUGCAACAAAUCAAAUCCUGCUAUCCAAACCUUGUUUUCGAGGUUAAAGGCAACAAUUCAAUUAACCUUAAAGUCUACUGAGCUUCCCUUAGCAUUUCUCUCGACAAUACAUGAGAAAUUGUUCUCAGGGGAGUCAGUUACAGAAGACAGUUAUUUGCUUUUGUCGUAUUUCGACGAAAAUGAUCCGAUAUUUUCGAAUAUCAAGGCAUUUUUCGAUAUUUUAUACGUGCAAGCUGAUCUUGAAUUAAUUUAUAGCAGAAUUCUGCCUGAAUUAAUUGAUGUAGAAUAUUCUUCAUUAUUAAGCUCACUCUUCUUGAUGUUUACAGAUGAAUGUUAUUGCAAAUUAUGUAACAAUCAAGAAACAAAGGAAGAAGGCAAGAACAGAUUUUUCUCAGCUGCAGCAGGAGCUAUCUUAGAGGCCAUGAAUUCUGACACAGAAUCAGGCCUCAUAUGUGCUGGAAAAGCUUAUGCAUGUUUUAUGGAUCUUGAAAAUAACUAUAUUAAUGAAUUGAUACCUUUUGAACAAUUACUUGAUAAGAUUCCAUAUGGAAAGAAUGAUAACUUAAAUGAGUUAUUCAUUAUGAUGCAGAGUUAUGGCAUAAGAACCAAUUUAUUGCAACCAACUGAAGAAAUGAUUAAUAAUAUUUUCCAACUGUUCCUUGUUGACAACGAAAACUAUCACCAAAUAGCCGAACUUGCACUUGAAAAUAUUUCAUUUCUACAAGAUCCUGAACUUCAUGCAAUCAUUUGGGACUUUCUGUCAAAAUGUUUAAGUAGUGAUGAGUGCUCAUCAGAUUUCAUUCUUUCUACUUUUGAUGUAAUGAAGAAUGUAUCGAAGAAUCUAAAUCCAACAAUUUGCGAAAGUAUUUUCCCUGAUCUUGCACAAUUGCAUGAAGUGCUGCUAAGUUCCAAUGAAACUGGUCAAUACAUUAGCAAAUAUCUAGGUAUACUUGCAAAUGUGAUGAGCAACAUUGGAAAAGAUCAUGCAGAGUUAGGAGAACAAACAUUAGAAAUCAUAAGCAAAUUUAUUGAUGGAUAUGAAGAAGAUUGCAUGUAUUCUUUCAAUAUCCUCAUUAAGACAUUUGGUCAUGCGAGCCCUGAGAUUUUACAAUGCUGUUUUAAUUUCAUCAAAGAGCGCAUUGGUGAAAUUGAUAAUUUUGAGCAGAAUAGUGAAGCCAAUGAACUCUUUGGCACAAUUAUUGAUGUGAUUGAUGAUGAAGAGCUUUUGUUUGAUAUUGCUCAAUAUAUAAUUCAGCACGCUGACAUGUUUGAAGAUCUGUUAUACCAAUUUGGCCACAAUUUGGGUUAUGGUCUUCUAACAAUUUACAGAAAAAUACCUCAAAAGUUUUCCGAACUUUUAGAACAAGUUAGAGAAAAUAUUUUUCUUGAAUUAUUAGCAACCAAUUCUAUAUUUGAAAACAUUCCAAUGGAAAAGAGAGAAUAUGCUUUAAAUGCAUUAAUUGAUCUUAUAGAAGAAUCUCAGGCAGAAGUAAGCAUCGGAGAAUAUGAUAUUCAAUAG